CUUUCCGUUGGUGGAGGACAUCGCGAAGGGUGGGCGGAAAAGAAUGAAGAAGCGCCACGGUGCAGGAUACACCACACGAUCCACGACCCUUUUUGCCCUUUGGCAAGUUCCAUGCGCAAGUGCGCUGUGGUGAUGGCUGUGCCAUGUGCCACACGACCAUGCAUUGCAGGACGGGAGACCACAGGAAAGAAGCAAAUGGCAGCUGCAGUUUUUCUGCGAUACAUCACCUCUCUCCACGGCAUCAUUGCCCAAAUCUUGGAAGUAGUCGAGGGCUUCAGGUUGGCGUUCCUGAAGGUUGCCUUCCAUGAUGCAAGAUCUCUUGACCGGUCCCUCACCGGUGACCCUGGGCUUCUUUCUGCUGAGCACGACUUUUCGCCUGGUUGGGACAUCCUAUCCACCAACACUGCCAAGAGCGCCGGUCUCUGCGGGAUACGCAACGUUGCGAUCCCCUCAAUCAGCCCACUCAUCGUUGUCCCAGUCUCGCCUUCACCGCCGGCAAUAACGAAGCCCCUCGUCAACAGCGAGGUUCUCCUCGGAGUGGCAGGCCUAUCCUCAUAACGGACAAGCUGAAAAGAGUCAAGAUACUGGCUCGGGGUAGGCGAAUCCUUCACACAGGCAUUCCCCGAGAACCAUCAUCAGAUGAUCUGAUCUCGAUCAGCCCGUCCCUUCCUGCCGCUGCCGCUGCUAACUGCUAGCUCGAUUUAUUCGGUGAUGGACACACGCCCCGGGCACCUCUGUGAGCAAAAUAUUGAUAAGCCGCGGUAGGAAUGGCUGAAACAAUGGGCUUCUUGUUAGUGGUGGUUGGUGGUGAUCUGUGCCCCGUGCUUCUGCAUGGCGGCUGAGGCGGAUGAAGAUCAUGACGCUAAGCAAUCGCUAAGCCGUGACCCGUUACCCAGCUGCCGGGACUUCGUUCACCUCUCGAGAACUUUCAUCUCGACUGUAUGCAUGUCUCAGAGGAAUGGUUUCUCAACCUGUCUUGGGCUUGCUUACCUGCAUCAGCCGCAGCGGUAUAUGACGCUGAUGAUGAAGAGGAGGCUCGUGGGAUGAGACAAUGGGGUGAACACCCAUCACGAACUCCGCAUCCGCAAUCCCGUGUGUGACGAACCCCUUGUGCGGGAACGGGCGACGCCAAAACGAACAGUGGGACGAUGAUCAUCUUUCGUGGCGGCCGGGAAGGAGUCCCUAGGGCUAUGACAAGACGAGCCGCCUUGCUUCUUCUCGCCUGAUCACAUACGAAUACAGCGAGGUUGGCGCGAGGCUGCAGCUUCAUCAACAAUAAAAUUUCAGCCUCGCUUCUUGUCGGCUGUUGUUAUUGAACAAACCCUUGGCCAGCGCGUCGGGUUGCCUAUCUUGGGGAAUCAGAACGGCGAAGGCUUGAAAGUGCCGGGUGAUUUGGGGGCCGAGUGUGGACAAGCCUCUGUGUUUCAAACACAGGCGCGCAACCCCUUUUUGACACACGGUUCGGCCAGAUCCCGAAUUGGCGAGACACGCUUGGUUGGUUCAACCAGGCGAACCAAAACAUCACCAAACAUCACAUCGCAACGCUACCAGAGGAAGGCAGGACAGAAGGGGCUGAUGGUUGCGACCUUACCACAGUAGCGACAAGACGACCUCGAUGCAAGACACGGUAGCAUUUUUGCAAUGCGGUGAACAUGCGGAGCAGGUGUAUCAUCAGCUAUGGGCCAUCCCUGCCGGCUUUCAACGGUCCAACGGUCUUUUGGGGCUGGAUGAAACCUUUUCCCGCGGGAUGGGGAGUAACAUGACAAAGCGGUUUUGCAAAAGGCGAACAACUCACCGCUAUUCAUCAUCGGCCCAGACACAGAGGGGGGAAAACCCAUCAUGAAAUCCAGAGAGUAAACAAUCCCUAUCCAUGCAUCCCCGAGCAGACCCCGAACCGAUACCGAGAAUGGGACAGUGGAACAGAGUUCGUCGAUCACGUUUGUCUUGGGGUGUGGAAACUAUGGAAACAAUCCGUCAGUCCGUAAUGGGAAGGUGAGUUAAUAAAAAUUAACAAAAAAAACAUGAUGAAUUGGAGCGAAAGGCGAAGAGACUACAGUCCCCAAAAGGCCAACAAAAAAUUCAGUUUUCAGCGAGUGGAACCGCUAUGUUGAAGAGAGGGGGGGAAAUCGCGUCGGGUUUGAGAAGCUUCGCGAGUCAGUGGAUUUUUUUUCAGCAUGCGAUGGAGCAAAUAUUUCCGAUGGAUAUGGCAAAACUAUCGAGGGUCUAUCGAACUCGAGACUUUUGUGAAUCUGGAGAGGCAAAACUUUCUUUGUGCUCUGUGGAGAAGAGAAAGCAGAGCCCCAAGUGCCGAAGACACUUGCAAACUACUAGCAAACCAUGUUUCUCGUAUGAUGCCGGAUUCGGGGAUAUCUUGCGCAAUUCUGAACAUGGAGCAGGCCUUGACAAGAAAGAUUCGAUGAUGGGAUGAGGUGGUCUGGGUUACAGCCAGAUCCACCGCUCUAACAGGCGGCCGGGAAUCGAUCGACCUGCCUGUUGGAAAAUCACGGCAAUCACCCGAAGGCUUAGCUCUUUGGUUUGGUAUGUGAGCCUGGUCCAUGCUUUUUUUUUUUUCGUGUGAUCUCGACAGCGGCGAACCUGGUGAUGCGGCUUCUUGCGUGAACAUCUCAACGUUUUUCUUCAACUUCCACGUGCAUGUGGUGGAUUGUGUCUGCUACAGGGAGGAUGCUGUGAUGCAGCUCGGCUGUAACAAUGAGGCUGGGCCUACCGGGUCUCCGAGGGCCCUCACUUGAGCUCUCGGUUCAACGGUGAUGGUUCAGGACAACGCGGGAUCCCUUGUCGUCACGGGAUGAACUUGUUGUUCAGACCGGCUCAGCCAUUCAGGUCGUCCGGACAUACCUCGGAGGUAGGUAUGGAGAUGGUGAAGCUGAUAAAGAUAGAUCGGUUCAUCAGCUUGGGCGACGAGGCUGGACCUUGGAGGCGAGACCUUUCCUCCAACGGGGGCUGAUGAAGGUAUAUCUACUUUACAACACGAGAACGUCUGGACCUACUGGCGGCCACGAUGCUGGAUGUGGCCGCUUCACCAUUGUUGCUUCAGCUUGGCCGGCCAGCUCGAGGAGAAGGACAGAAUUCCAUGCAAAGCUGCAUCCUGCGAGGAGGUAAUAGUCAACAACCGCGUUAUGCGCGCAUUGAUGAGGCUGGACCGCGGAAGACUUUUCAUGCGAACUAUGGCCGGGUCUUCAACCGCGGCAGUGUAUCGAGACACAGGGCGGCCCUAGUCUAAACGGGCAACCCCUGAAGCUGGUUAGUUCGUUCCUAGGCUUGUUCUGAAUCACGAGGGGGUGUAUGAUGGAUCAAAACACACCUGUGGUCUAGAUUCGCCAUCAUCAUCAUCUACCAUAGGGAGGAGGUUAAACGCCGAGGCCAACAAGUUACGUAUCGUAUCAAAGUGAUGUUGCCGGUUCCGCUUCAGUCCAGACCGCAGACCCUUCCAGAACACCACGACAACCUUCCCGGGAAACCGGUUUCGGUCUUGAAUAGGAAACACAGACCCGACAGGCUGGAUGGGAGGAUUUUGGGAUUUUGUUUGCUACAUAUACUUCAUGUUCCACAGUGACGCUGGAGGAUCGUCUCGCACCGUCUUCGGACACCACGGUCGUGGGAUGUGAAGCGUUUCAAAGUAGCAAACAAACAUCAUGAGGUGAAAUCAGAUAGACUGAGCUUUUGCGGGUGAUGCAAGGCAUCAUGUCUCGGCUUAUCUGAGGAGUAUGGACUGUGGCUUAGCUCGGGUUUUGUGUAUCAAGCUCAAAAAGCUUGACACUGACACUCAAAGGGGCAGAACUUUGAUAUC